AGUUUACACACACACGCUGCAGGAUUGGAGAUGGCAUCUCAGCACCGAUGUCUUCAAAGAGCCUUCGUUAUUUAUUCGGUGUAUUGCUAAUCAGUGGUCACGGAUGAAUAAGCUAAGCAGGUCUUCAGCUGGAUUUCACAUCGGCUCUCUGUGAAUUCGUGGCGCCUGGGAACCCGUGAUUAUUUUACAAUUUGUACUGUACUGUUACAAAAAAAAAAAAAAAAAAAGUAAAACAGAACAUUACGCGUCCUUACAGGCGGGCACUCUGAUGAACUCCUUUCAACUUAGCUAAAGUUUGUUUAUUUGUUUAAUUUUUUUAAUUUUUUUGUUAAUCAUCUGCCAGUGUUAUUUCUUGCUGGCUGGCUCGUUUAAUAUCUUGGAUCAAUAUUACAAAAACAACAAGACAAACCGAGGAGACAGAUUUGUUUUCUUUUAACGGACGCAUUGAGCCGUCUGGCGUAUGCAAGAAUUCAGAAUUGUAUCUGAUCUUUCUCUGUAGGUGAAACUGCAAUCUGAGGGUUUAGCAUUUCACGCUCUGGGUGGAUUUUAUAGCCCCCAACGAAAGGAAAGGUGCGGUUUUGUUUCGCCUCGCCUCGCCUGUCUGUCUGUCAGUCGGUGAGAGAUUUCCUCACUUGUUAGCUGGCGAUCGGAGGUGGUACCAUGUUGCUUCCCAGAGUACGAUGGGCACCGUGCGUCCGACUGACCCUGCUGCUGUGCGGAUUACUCUUUUCGAUAGUUGUGGAUGGAUGCCCCACUAAAUGUAGCUGCUCUGGACCCAGUGUGGAUUGCCACGGCCAGGGCUUCAAAUCGGUCCCCAGGGGCAUCCCACGGAACGCGGAGAGACUAGACCUGGACCGAAAUAACAUCACCCGGAUCACUAAAGUGGACUUCGCUGGAGUAAAGAACCUGAGAGUUUUGCACCUGGAAGACAACCAGAUCAGCGUGAUUGAGAGAGGUGCGUUCCAGGAUCUGAAACAGCUGGAACGACUGCGCUUGAACAGGAACAAGCUGCAAGUCCUUCCCGAGCUGCUGUUCCAGACCACGCCCAAGCUGGGUCGCUUGGACCUGAGUGAGAACCAGAUCCAGGCUGUGCCUCGCAAGGCUUUCCGUGGGAUCACCAACGUCAAGAACCUGCAACUGGACAGCAACCGCAUCAGCUGCAUCGAAGAUGGUGCCUUCAGAGCCCUGCGAGACUUGGAGAUUCUCACUCUCAACAGUAACAAUAUCACCCUCAUCCCGCUCUCCAGCUUCCACAACAUGCCCAAACUGCGCACUCUACGCCUCCACUCCAAUAGCCUGCACUGCGACUGCCACCUCACCUGGCUCUCUGAUUGGCUGCGGCAGCGGCGGGGGAUUGCGCAGUUCACGCAGUGCAUGGCUCCGGCGCACAUGCGGGGCCUGAACGUGGCAGAUAUUCAGAAGAAGGAUUUCAUCUGUACAGGUCCCCAGUCCAAGGAGCCCCAUACCUGCAGUGCCCAGGCCUCCUCCUGCCCCACCUCCUGCACCUGCAACAACAACAUUGUGGACUGCCGAGGCAAAAGGCUCACCGAGAUACCAGCAAACCUGCCAGAGGGCAUCGUGGAAAUCCGCUUGGAGCAAAAUAUGAUCAAAAGCAUCCCCCGUGGCGCCUUCUCCCAGUACAAGAAGCUGAAGAGGAUAGAUCUCAGCAAGAACCAGAUAGCGGAUAUAGCCCCGGAUGCCUUCUUGGGUCUACGCUCCCUCACCUCUCUGGUGCUGUACGGGAACAAGAUCACGGAGAUACCCAAGGGGCUGUUUGAAGGGCUUGUCUCACUCCAGCUGCUGCUGCUGAACGCUAAUAAGAUUAACUGCCUGCGCGUGAACACCUUCCAGGACCUGCAGAACCUCAACCUGCUGUCUCUGUACGACAACAAGCUGCAGACCAUCAGCAAGGGGCUUUUCACUCCUCUGCGCUCCAUCCAGACACUGCACUUGGCUCAGAACCCUUUUGUGUGCGACUGUCACCUGAAGUGGCUGGCUGACUACCUGCUGGACAACCCCAUAGAGACGAGUGGAGCGCGCUGCAGCCACCCCCGCCGCCUCGCCAACAAGCGCAUCAGCCAGGUCAAGGGAAAGAAGUUCCGCUGCUCAGGCUCCGAGGAUUACCGUACUCGUCUCAGUGGGGAUUGUUUCCAGGACUUGGUGUGUCCGGAGCGCUGCCGCUGCGAGGGGACUGUCGUCGACUGCUCCAACCAGAAACACACCCGCAUCCCAGCCCACCUCCCCGACUACACCACCGACCUUCGGCUGAAUGAUAAUGACAUCUCAGUCCUGGAGGCCACAGGGGUCUUCAAGAAGCUUCCGAACCUGCGUAACAUUAACCUGAGUAACAACAAGCUGCGAGAGGUGCGCGAGGGGGUCUUCGACGGAGCGGCCGGGGUCCAGGAGCUGCUGCUGACUGGGAACCAGCUGGAGACGGUGCAGGGCCGCAUGUUCAGAGGACUGACAGGGCUUAAGACACUGAUGUUGAGGAGUAACCUUCUCAGCUGCAUCGACAACAACACCUUCACGGGGCUCAGCUCCGUCCGGCUGCUGUCCCUCUACGACAACCGCAUCUCCAGCAUCACCCCUGGAGCCUUCAGCAGCCUGGUGUCCCUCUCCACCAUUAAUCUGCUUUCGAACCCGUUUGUGUGUGACUGCCACCUGGCCUGGCUGGGACACUGGCUGAAGAAGAGGAAGGUGGUGAGUGGGAACCCGCGUUGCCAGAAGCCAGCCUUCCUCAAGGAGAUCCCCAUCCAGGACGUGGCUCUGCCUGACUUCACCUGCGACGGUACAGAGGAGAGCAGCUGCCUGCCCCUCCCCCGCUGCCCGGAGUCCUGCACCUGCACUGACACUGUGGUGCGCUGCAGCAACCAGGGCCUCCACUCCCUGCCCAAGGGCAUCCCCAAGGACGUCACUGAACUGUAUCUGGAGGGUAACUUCCUGACUGCUGUCCCGAAGGAGCUGGCCAGCCUCAAACACCUGUCCCUCAUUGACCUGAGCAACAACAGCAUCAGCUCCCUGGCUCCGCUGACAUUCAGCAACAUGACCCAGCUGUCCACUCUCAUUCUGAGCUACAACCAGAUCAAGUGUAUCCCAGCACAGGCGUUCGGCGGCCUCAGAUCCUUGCGACUGCUCACUCUCCAUGGAAAUGAUCUCUCAGCUGUCCCUGAAGGAGCCUUCAAUGACUUAACCUCUCUGUCCCAUCUGGCUCUGGGAGCGAACCCCCUGUACUGUGACUGUAAUCUUCGCUGGCUCUCGGAGUGGGUGAAGGUUGGCUUCAAGGAGCCAGGAAUUGCCCGCUGUACCGGCCCCCCCGACAUGGUAGACAGACUCCUCCUCACCACACCCCUCAACAAGUUCCAAUGCAAAGCCUCCCAAGACUUGCCCCAGCUGUCCAAGUGCAACCCCUGCUUGUCCAGCCCUUGCUGGAACAACGGCACCUGUACCAGCGACCCCACUGGCUAUUACCGCUGUACCUGCCCCUUCGGAUACAAGGGUCGGAACUGCGAGGUUGCCAUCAAUGCCUGCAUCGGCAGCCCCUGUGCCAACGGAGGCACCUGCAACUUGCACAUCGGCAGAGGGGAGCAAUUCAGCUGCUUGUGUCCUGAGGGGUUCGAGGGGGUGAGGUGUCAGGUAAACCCAGACGACUGUGAUGACAAUGACUGUGAGAACAACUCCACCUGCAUGGAUGGCAUCAACAACUACACCUGCCUCUGCCAGCCCAACUACACAGCUGCCUGCACUAACCUGUUAAGAAAAGGUGAGCUCUGUGAGGAGGUGAUCAAUCCCUGUGAUUCAGGUCUGAACCCCUGUAAACACGACUCCAAGUGCAUCACUCUCUCCAAGGGAUAUCGGUGUGAAUGUCUCCCUGGGUACGUCGGCGAGCACUGUGAAAAGGAUUAUGACGACUGCCUUGAGAACAAGUGUCGCCACGGCGCACAGUGCGUUGACGCUAUCAACGGUUACACCUGCAUCUGCCCUGACGGGUUCAGUGGUCUGUUCUGUGAGAACCCUCCCCCCAUGGUCCUGCUCCAGACCAGCCCAUGUGAUCACUUUGACUGUCAGAACGGAGCGCAGUGCCUCAUGGUGUCUGGUGAGCCUGUGUGCCGCUGCCUGCCCGGCUUCUAUGGGAACAAGUGCCACCAGAUCAUCACUGUCCACUUCCUGGGCAAGGACUCGUACGUGGAGCUGCCAGGGGCCAGGGGCCAGCAGAGCACCAACAUCUCACUGCAGGUGGCGACAGACAAAGACAACGGGAUCCUGCUCUACAAGGGGGACAAUGACCCACUGGCACUGGAGCUGUACCAGGGGCACAUUCGCCUCAUCUAUGACAUCACCAACUACCCGCCCACCACCGUGUACAGUGUGGAAUCGGUAAACGACGGGCUGCUGCACACAGUGGAGCUUCUGAUCCAGAACCACGCGGUGAGUGUGAUUGUGGACAGGGGGACCCCGAAGAGCCUGGGGAAGCUCCAGAGACCGGCCUCCCUCAGCACUAGCACCCCGCUCUACAUCGGAGGGAUCCCGAGUGUGCUGGGCUGGACGGGGCUGAAGCACGGUCAGGAUCGCGGCCCCACUGGUUUUGACGGCUGCAUUCACAGUGUGCGUCUCAACGGGGCCCUGCAGGACCUGGGCGGGGCACACCGGGGGGGUGGGGGGGUGCUGCUGGGCUGCCACCUCUGCAGUGUGUGCGCGCAGGGCUCCUGCAGUCACAGAGAGGGCGUGGGUGUGACCUGCGAGUGCCCUCCUGGACGCAGCGGCCCGCUGUGUGACGCCUGCCAGAGCUACAGGUGUGUGCAUGGGGAGUGCCGGCUCAGUGAUCUGGGGGAGCCCGUCUGCCACUGCCAGCCCAACUACAGCGGAGCAGCCUGCACAGAGCUGGCGUGCCAAGGUGAAAUGAUCCGUGAGUUUGUCAAGAAGCAGCAGACGUACACGUCCUGCACCUCCAGUAUCAAAGUGCCCCGGGUGGAGUGCAGGGGGUCCUGCCGCGGGGGGCUCUGCUGCGCCCCCACCAGGACGAGGCGGCGAAAGAUCGUGUUUGAGUGCACAGACGGGUCCUCAUUCACCGAGGAGCUGGAGAGGCCAGUGGAGUGUGGUUGUUCAAAAUGCCCGUUAUAAAUAAUCGGCUGCCAGUCGCCAUACACACAGGAAGGGACCCAUCAGAGUGGAAAUAGAGAUAUUGUAAAAUAAAAACAAAAAUGAACAUAAAAAAAACAAAACAGAUAGAACUUAUUUUUAUUACAGGACUUUUGAUUAUAAUUUUUUUUUUUUUUAUCUACAUAAAGACUGUUUUUAAAUUACUGGGUGUUUGUGUCAUAUAAGGAGUUAUUUUUACCGUAAGAGAUUAACAAUUCUAAAAUUAUAUAAAUUUAUAUGUACGUGUAAAAAUAUAUAUAAAUGUAUAACCUAACCUAUGGAUUAUUUGCUAAGGUGUAUUGCAUGACUUGAAUGGAUGAAUAUUUGAUGUGGUUGAAGCGACUUUACUUUGGAGGACAAAUAUACAGUGGGAGAGGAACAAAGGCAUGGAAAUGGACUUCUGGACUUUGAACUUCCUGGUGCUGACCUCCUGGAUUCACGCCUCGGGCUGGACACACAGUUCAACCUGGACACUAACGUUUGAUGGUUGUUGUGCUUUAAACCACACUCGGCAUUGUAGCCAGCAUUCAAGACUGUUCACAUUUUUAAAUCCAGCAUCAAAGACUACUUUUUUUAUUAUAAAACAAAAAAAAAAACUUCCAUAUAAUUGUCAGUGCUUGCCAGUAAAUUUGGGUUGUAAACAUCUCAAUGUUGUUUAUUCUGACAUGUGCAUGGGUGCGCCCCAAAGGGUUUAAAAAAGAAAAGCUGCAAGUAACAAACACGUCCUGCUACAAACAGUGAGAUGAAUAUUGUUGAGGAGAUGAGGUGAGCUGCAUGUGGACUCUGGAGUCCCGAAUGGACCUCCGUCAACAUGGCUGAUGUGAUGGAAUUGUGUUCAUGUCAGUGUGUGAGCAGUUUGUGUUGAAUUAAACACAGAUGAAACUCACUCUUGUGUUCAUGUCGGGGUGUGUGAGUAUUUGUGUUGAAUUAAACACAGAUGAAACUCACUUUUGUGUUCAUGUCAGUGUGUGAGCGGUUUGUGUUGAAUUAAACAGAGAUGAAACUCA